AAACCUGCUGGCAGGGGUCGGGUACGGGACUAUACGGUGCUGCACCCAUCCUGCCUGUCGGUGUGUAACGUCACCAUCCAGGACUCCAUAGAGCGCAGCAUGGACGAGCUCAUCACCAGCGCACCCCCCGCUGACCUGGGGGAGGCGGGACGGCUGAGGAAGAAGGCAGACAUACCUCCAGCCAAACCCACCAGGUCCCGAACCACCCAGAGUAAGACCAAGAAGGAGACCAAGCUGGAGUUCUUUGGCUUCGAGGACAAAGGUGACCAGGAGGGGGAGGAGGGAGCGGACCACACUGCCGGCGGAAGCAGCAGCUACAAGAUCAAGUACUUUGGCUUUGACGACCCCAGUGAGAGCGACAGUGAUGAAGAGGAGGGCUCCCAGGCCAAAGAGAAGAGGAAGGCCAAGAAGGCUGCAGCAGCUGCAAUGGCAGCUAUUGUGGACAGCCCCCAGCCCAGCGACUCUCAGGACAGCAGCAGCAGUACAGAUAUUCUGGAGUUUUCUGAUGACUCGAUCCCUGGUGGGUCUGAAGGGCAGAAGGGUCGCUCAGGAAAACACGGGGACAAAUCCAUGGAGGUUGGCAGGAAAAUCUUCAGUGGGCCCAAAAAGUCCCCUGCUAAAGCUGUGUACAAUGCCCGCCACUGGAACCAGCCUGAGCCUGAAGAGAUGCCCCUGCCACCCCUGGCCCGUGCACACACUGCUCCGGCCAGCGUAUUGAGCGGAAGCAGCAAGGACACCAACUCCCACAAGGAUGACGGUCUGUUCAAAGCUCCUCCCCCACCGCCCAAAGUCAUCAAGUCUGUGACCAUCCCCACUCAGCCUUACCAGGACAUCGUCACAGCUCUCAAAUGCAGAAAAGAACACAAGGAGCUGUACACGGUUGUGCAUAAUGUGAAGCACUUCAACGAUGUGGUAGAGUUUGGUGAGAACCAGGAGUUUACUGAUGACUUUGAGUACCUGGAGACUGGCCUGAAGAGCAGCCAGCCACUCAACACACGGUGCCUUAGUAUAAUCAGUCUAGCUGCAAGGUGUGCAAUGCCCAGUUUCCGGAUGCACCUACGGGCCAGAGGGAAGGUGGCUCAGGUCUUCAAGAUGUUGAAUGAUGCCCCGCAGCAUCCGAACCUUGCCCUGUGUACGGCCUCUCUAAUGUACAUCCUAAGCAGAGACAGGUUGAACAUGGACCUGGACCGGGCCAGUCUAGAGCUGAUGAUCAGACUGUUGGAGCUGGAGCACGACCACUCGGGCCACCACCAGGACCAGCUGACUGCCAAGGAGAUGACCAAGGUCAAGGAGAAGAUUCGCAAGCUGUGUGAGACGGUCCACAACAAGCACCUGGACCUGGAGAACAUCACGUCGUGUCACUUGGCCAUGGAGACCCUGUUGUCGCUGACCUCAAAGAGAGCCGGCGACUGGUUCAAAGAGGAGCUGCGCUUACUGGGAGGCUUGGACCACAUUGUAGACAAAGUAAAAGAAUGUGUCCAGAACCUGAGCCAAGAGGAUGACAAGGAGAAGCUGGUGUCGUCGCUAUGGGGGGCAGAGAGGUGUCUAAGAGUACUAGAGAGUGUGACUGUCCAGAACCCAGAGAACCAGGGCUACCUGAUCGCCUACAAGGACUCUCAGCUCAUAAUGUCCUCUGCCAGAGGUUUGCGGUACUGUGUGGACAUGAUCCAGUGCUACAGCCGGGAGGUGAACAGCUCUCUGUGUUCGUCAGGCACGGCGCUGCCCCACUCCAGCUUUAGCAACGUGGGCAAGGCCGUGGAGGACUGCAUGAGGGCCGUCAUAGGGGUGCUGCUCAACCUCACCCACGACAAUGAGUGGGGAAGCACUAAGACUGGAGAGCAGGACCAGCUUAUCAUCACUGCACUCAACUGCAUCCUACGGGUCCCACGCUACAUACCUCAGGAACAACGCUUUGACAUCCGAGUCCUGGGCUUGGGGCUGCUGAUUAACCUGGUGGAGUACAGUGCAAGGAACCGCCACGGUCUGGUGGACAUGGAGUUCAACACAACCAGCCCUGAAUGCAGCCAGGGAGAGGCAGGAGGAGAUGAGACCCAGACCCCUGAACCAGUCCCAGCUUCCACAGAGGUCGAGAACGGGGCAGAGCCACCUACAGCAGCCCCUUCAGAGGGUGCUGAGGAGAAGCCCAAGGACUCUUCUUCAGGUGCCUUGGCUGCUCUGGUGCAGUUCUUCCUGGAGCGGGAGCGAGCGGCCAUAUUGGCCGAGGCGAAGACUGAUGACCUCAUCAGCGAGGCGCCCAAACCCCAGGACCAGAGCGGGGAGUGGCAGGAGACGUCGGGCGAGAUCCAGUGGGUCGCCACGGAAACCAACGACAGUGACAAUGACAAGGAGAAGGACACAAAGAAAGAGGAGGAAGAGGAAGAGCUGGACCUCAACAAAGCUCUACAGCAUGCUGGGAAGCACAUGGAGGACAGCAUCGUGGCCUCCUACACAGCUCUGCUCCUGGGCUGUCUGUGUCAGGGCAGUCAGGUUAAUGUGAUUAUUGUGCGGGAAAACCUACCCAAGGGAGAUUUCUCCAUCAUGACGGAAAUGCUGAAGAAGUUCUUGAAUUUCAUGAACCUCACUUGUGCAUUUGGAACCACAGGGCAUAAAUCCAUCUCUCGUGUCAUAGACUACCUGGAGCACUGUUAGCUAAUCCUUCUUUGCACUCUGAAUGCACAUAACGGUCCUGCUAGAUCUGGCAACCCCAGCAGGAGGGGCUGUACAGAGAAUCCACCAGAGGUCAACAGUGUUCCCCGGCAACGCUUCAACCUGCGUCCUCAUUCUGAAGAGCAAGACACACAAACUCAGCACUUUCUGAACCAAAGCCACGUUAACAUGUACCAUUGAUUUUAAUCAAUGCUUUUUUAAAUCUUCACACCAUCCAACUACUGGUAAGAUUCCUAGUUGCAGAGGACAGCUUGAGACUGCUGGCAUGUGGAGUGAGUUUUUGUAUUUUUUAUAUAUAUAUUGAAUCAAGGAUGUAAUCAUUGAUUAGCUUGAAAAUAGCACUCAUGGACGUGUCAACAAUGUCUGUUAAGUUGUGUGGAAUGGUUGAAUGCAAAAGAUCAGUGUAGCCAUUUACAUGUUUGCCUCUGAUGGUUGUAGAAAAGGGAAGGUCAAUGUGGAAGGCCCCUGUAGUUCUCUCUGAGCUAAGUUUCAGCUCUGAAUAUGUCCAUUAUCUGUAUAAGCUUACUGUCAGUGCAUCAUGCUUGUUUAAGUUCUUAGAAUGGCAUGUCAUUUAACUAUCUAAAUUGAUUUAAAAGAGAUCAGCAGGUCUGGAUGACUGUUAACGUUAUUUAAAUCUUUGUUUUGGCAUUGUUUUCCUUCCUGCCUUUCCCAAUUUGACUUUACAGUAAAGAAAUUGAGUUGUUUGUUUUAAAAUAGCAGUUCAGAUGAUUUUAAUGAUUGUGGUUUUCAUGUAUUUAUUUGACCAUCCAGAUCUGCUGCUGCUUAAGAUGUUUCAAGUCUCUGCACUUCCUGACCUUUUACAUGUUCCACCGAACAUGUCGCUUGAAGUGGCUGGGUAUAAUAACUGCUGUAUAUAGGGUUUUCAUUAGACUCAGAGAGUCCUUCGUAAACCGGCCUGACAUUAAUAAUAACCAAACCUCAGCCAACUGGCAUAAUCCUCACUGAAAAGGAUUGUUCUUUGCCUAUAUUAUUGUAACAUUUGUUCUGUGGGCAUUGUAUCUAACCACUUCAAGUAGUGCCUAUCCAGAACGAACGCCUAGCUCAGGGUUCACCUCUGGUCCUGGAGAGCUGCAGGGUCCAGCCAGUCCUGCAAUGACACACCUGAUUUAAAAUAUAAUAAAGAUCAAAUCUAAUCAAUUGUUACUGCAAGGCUGGAUUGCAAGCCCACAUACCUAGUACCCUGUGUUGGUGACCCCUGUCCUAGCCCCAACCCCCUAGGUACUUGUGGAGGUCGGAGAGGACUGGAUGGUAAAAGUCUACCUAGCCUAACAGAGGGAAAAGUGAAGUUGCUACCAUAUUGUUUAUACCUAUCCUUUCGGCUCUACACAAGUGUUUGUGGUGGUAGUGGUUGGCUCUGGACAGGCUGUAGUGUUUCUUUACCAGCUGUUGUGUCUUAUGUCAAGUUGGACCUGACCUUCCUACUCUGAGCGGUGAAUCCCCUUAUCAUCCUUCCAGCUACACUAUAACUAGUCCUGUCCUCCAAGAAGAUGGUGUUUGACUGACAGCUAUACUGAUAGCCGUUUCAUGGCAUUUCCCUCUGAUUUGUAGAGCUGCAGUUGAACAGACAUGUUUCUUUCGAGUUGAUUUGCAAAUCUGGUCGUGGAUGGAAUUUCAGAAUGUAAAUAAUGUAAACAGAUGUAAACAUCUGUAAAUAGUGGUUAAUGGAUGUUAGAAUGCUAGACUACUUUUCUGAAGCUGAUAUUUUUAUUUUAUACAACAUUUCUGAGUUGUCAUUUGAAGUCAAAACAAAAAAAUGUAUAAAAAAAGACAACUGCAGGGCAAAAAAUGUUUGUACUGGUUUUGAGGACAUUCUUUGGCUACAUGUAAAGAAUUGUAACUCAAAUAAAAAGUUGCUACUUUCAGUAUACUA